AUGGCUUUCUAUAGCGAGCAACAACAACAAGUUCUCUUCGAGACCGGCUCGUUCACGGGGUUCCGCCCGCUGCGAGAGCUUGGCGCAAACUACUUCAGCACCAGCUCGUUCAAGCAGCCUCUGUGUGGCAAUUCGGAAGGAUGGGGUCCUUUGAGUCCUCAUCGCUACGAUUUCACACCUUGUUUUAUUGAUGUCUGGAUAGCCGCGGUAUCUGUUUUCGGUCUUUUGUUUGGAUCGCUUGCUGUUUGGUGGCUGCUCGUCAAGAAGCAGAAACAGGAGGGACAAACCAAGAACGCGCACUUCUAUAUCAAGCAGUCCCUUCUCGCCGUCAUCAUCGUCGACGUCAUUGCCCAACUUGUCGUUCAAAUUAUUUUUAUGCCCCAUGUCUGGUAUGGCGAUUUCCGAGUGUUGACAACCCUUUUGACUAUCCUAUCGUUAUUCGUCGUAUUCGCUAUCCAAUGGAUCGAACAUUCGCGCAUUCGAUACCCCAGCGGCGUCGUCCUCUUCUACUGGCUUUUCCUCCUUAUCUCUUAUGGCGUCAAAUUGCGAUCCCUUGUAUCGCAACAAAUUUAUGAGUCCAACCUACCAUACUUCAUCAUUUACUGCGUUGGAGUUGGACUGUCCCUUGCCGAGUUCCUUUUGGAGUGGCUGUGGCCUCGAAACAAUGCCCCUAGUGGUUAUGAAGCUAUCGAAGAGGAGGAAGAGUGUCCCAUGGAGUAUGCCAACGCCUUCUCCCAGCUUGCUUUCUCUUGGAUGACACCAAUGAUGCAAUAUGGCUAUAAAGUGUACUUGACCGAAGAUGAUCUCUGGGCCCUUGCCAAAGAUGACAAGACUAAGACCACCGGAGCUCGCUUUGAUGAAGCUUGGCAGUAUGAGUUGGAACACCAUAAGAAGCCUUCACUGUGGAGAGUUUUGUACAAGGCUUAUGGCGGUCCCUAUUGUAUUGCUGCGAUCUUCAAGGUCGGAAACGAUGUUGCCCAAUACAUUCAGCCGCAGCUACUUCGGCUUCUUAUCUCUUUCGUCGAUUCUUACGGCAAAGGCAAGACUCCCCAGCCCGUCAUUAAGGGUGCUGCAAUCGCAUUGGCCAUGUUUGCAUGUGCUGUUCUGCAAACUACCAUGGUUCAUCAGUAUUUCCAGCUUGCUUUCGUGACCGGUAUGCGCAUCAAGGGCGGUCUCUCCUCGGCCAUUUACCGCAAGUCGCUUCGACUGUCCAAUGAGGGCAGAGCCUCAAAGUCCACUGGCGAUAUCGUCAACUACAUGGCUGUCGAUGGCCAGCGUCUGCAGGAUCUUACCCAGUUCGCUCAGCAAAUUUGGUCUGCACCAUUCCAGAUCAUCAUCUGCAUGGUCUCUUUGUACAACCUGGUUGGUUGGUCCAUGAUGGCGGGUAUCGUCGUCAUGAUUAUCAUGAUGCCUAUUCAGGGAUUCGUAGCUCGCAUUAUGAAGAACAUGCAGAAGGAGCAAAUGAAGAACAAGGAUGCCAGAAGCCGCUUGAUCAACGAGAUCAUCAACAACAUGAAGAGCAUCAAAUUGUAUGCGUGGGGUUCUGCUUUCAUGAACAAACUUAACUUUGUCCGAAACGAGAAGGAGCUCAAGAACUUGCGAAAGAUUGGUGCUACUCAGGCCUUUGCCAACUUUACUUGGACCACGGCGCCUUUCUUCGUGUCAUGCUCAACCUUUACUGUCUUUGUCCUGACCCAGGAUAAGCCGCUUACCACUGAUAUCGUCUUCCCUGCGUUAGCCUUGUUCAAUCUCCUGACGUUCCCUCUUGCCAUUCUUCCUAUGGUCAUCACAUCUAUUGUCGAAGCUUCUGUCGCCAUUGGACGUCUGACUAGCUUUCUCACUGCCGAAGAGCUCCAGCCCAACGCCAUCACUAUCAAGGAUGCCCCUGAGCAACUUGGCGAGGAGAGCGUCAUUAUCCGCGACGGUACAUUCUCCUGGAAUCGCCAUGAGGACAAGGCCGCCCUCACUGACAUCGACUACACUGCGUACAAAGGGGAACUCUCUUGUGUUGUUGGCCGUGUCGGUGCCGGUAAGUCAUCUUUCCUCCAGAGCAUCCUUGGCGAUUUGUGGAAGAUCAAGGGUAAAGUUGAAGUGCGAGGAACCGUUGCAUAUGCUUCUCAGCAAAUAUGGAUCCUCAAUGCUACUGUCAAGGAGAACAUCAUCUUUGGAUACAAAUAUGAUGCCGAGUUUUACGAGAAGACUGUCCAUGCAUGCGCACUAGUAGACGAUUUUGCGCAGCUUCCCGACGGAGAUGAGACUGUCGUCGGCGAACGAGGUAUCUCUCUCAGUGGUGGUCAGAAAGCGCGUGUUUCGCUGGCUCGUGCUGUCUAUGCCCGCGCCGACAUCUACCUUCUUGAUGACGUUCUUUCUGCUGUUGAUUCUCAUGUUGGUCGUCACAUCAUCGACAACGUUCUUGGAACCCGAGGUCUUCUUGCUUCAAAGACUCGCAUUCUCGCGACUAAUGCUAUCGCCGUCCUUCGCCAGGCUAGCUACGUGUCCCUGAUCAAGGAUGGGCGCAUUGUUGAGCGAGGAACAUACAAGGAACUGGUAUCUGAAAAGGGUCUUGUCGCAGAGCUUCUGAAGACUGCUGGUCACGAGUCUAGCGAUGCCAACAGCGAGCCCAGCUCCAGCGCCUCAAGCAGUAAGGCCGCUACGAUCAUUGAGCCAGACUCAGCCCACGCCAAAGAAGAGAUUGAAGAGGCCCAAGAACAAGUCCCUGAGAUGGCUCCCAUUAAGACCAGUGCUGGAGCUAAACCUCGAUCAAGUAGCAUGGCCACCCUCCGUCGUGCCAGCACUGCAAGUUUCAGGGGCCCCCGAGGCAAGCUUACCGAUGAGGAGGUUGGUGGUUCUUCCAAGACCAAGCAGGCCAAGGAGCACUUGGAGCAAGGCAAGGUCAAGUGGUCCGUCUAUGGCGAGUACGCUAAGAUGAACAACAUCUACGCUGUCGCUUUGUAUCUGUUCAUGCUUCUCGCUUCGCAGACUGCUACAAUCGGUGGUUCCGUUUGGUUAAAAGAGUGGUCUGAGCAAAACCAAAAGACAGGCUCGAACGAACGCGUUGGCAAGUAUAUCGGAAUCUACUUCGCUAUCGGUAUUGGAGCUUCCGCUCUUACUGUUAUUCAGACCCUGAUUCUCUGGAUUUUCUGCUCAAUCGAAGCGUCUAGGAAGCUUCACGAGCGUAUGGCCAAUGCCAUCUUCCGCUCUCCCAUGUCCUUCUUUGACACUACACCCGCCGGACGUAUCCUGAAUCGAUUCUCUAGCGACAUCUACCGUGUUGAUGAGGUGCUGGCGAGAACGUUCAACAUGCUCUUUGUCAAUGCCGCUCGGUCAGGCUUUACCCUGAUUGUUAUCUCGGUUGCGACACCAGCUUUUGUUGCAUUGAUUGUCCCACUUGCCUUGGCAUACUAUUUUAUCCAGAGAUACUAUCUUCGAACAUCGCGUGAACUCAAGCGACUCGACAGUGUCAGCCGAAGUCCUAUCUACGCACAUUUCCAGGAAUCACUUGGAGGCAUUUCCACCAUUCGGGCAUACCGACAGCAGCAGCGAUUCGAGCUUGAGAACGAAUGGCGCGUUGAUGCUAAUCUCCGCGCUUACUUCCCUUCCAUCAGCGCAAACCGCUGGCUUGCCGUUCGCCUCGAGUCUAUUGGUGCUAUCGUCAUCCUGUCUGCCGCUAGCUUUGCCAUCAUCGCUGUUUCUAGUGACGUCCCCCUCAGCCCCGGUAUUGUUGGCCUGGCGAUGUCAUACGCCCUGCAGAUUACGACCUCUCUCAACUGGAUCGUGCGUCAGACUGUAGAGGUUGAGACCAACAUUGUGUCGGUUGAGCGUGUCCUUGAAUAUGCAGCCCUACCGAGCGAAGCACCCGAGAUUGUCACCAAGAACCGACCUCCUGUCUCGUGGCCUGCCAAGGGAGAGGUUGAUUUUGUAAACUACAGCACCCGCUACAGGGAGGGCUUGGAUUUGGUUCUCAAGAACAUCAGCCUCGACAUCAAGUCGCAUGAGAAGAUUGGCGUCGUCGGUCGCACCGGAGCUGGCAAGUCGUCCCUCACUCUUGCAUUGUUCCGCCUGAUCGAACCGGUGACGGGCCAUAUUGGUAUUGAUAAUAUUGAUACAUCUUCCAUCGGCUUGCUUGACUUGCGCAGAAGACUGGCUAUCAUUCCACAAGAUGCAGCACUCUUCGAGGGCACCGUUCGAGAUAAUCUUGAUCCCGGUCAUGUUCACGACGACACUGAGCUUUGGAGCGUACUCGAGCACGCACGAUUGAAGGACCACGUUUCAAGCAUGGAUGGUGGGUUGGAAGCCAAGAUUAACGAAGGAGGCUCCAAUCUCUCCCAAGGUCAGAGGCAACUCGUCUCGCUUGCUCGCGCAAUGCUCACCCCAUCCAACAUCCUGGUUCUCGACGAAGCCACCGCUGCUGUUGAUGUUGAAACAGACGCUAUGUUGCAGAGCACCCUCCGAUCACCCUUGUUUUCUAACCGCACCAUCAUCACCGUGGCUCAUCGUCUCAACACCAUCCUCGACAGCGAUCGUGUCGUAGUGCUUGACAAGGGUGAGGUUGUCGAGUUUGAUAGUCCGGCCGAGCUUGUGAAAAAGCAAGGUGUUUUCUACGGGCUGAUGAAGCAGGCUGGCCUGGAACUUGGGCAGACAGAUGCCUAA